AUGGCCGUGCGACUCCUCGCUCCACCGACUCCACCGGCUGCUUCGGCACCUCCUGCACCUGUCGCCGUCGCUGCCACCUGCGCGGAUCAACAGGGUGCCGAUGGCGCCAACGGCCUGGCGGGCGAUCUGUCGCCGUCGAUCAUCGACAUGGACAUCUUUACGCAGCUGCUCGAGAUGGACGACGAGGACGACCGCGAGUUCUCCAAGAGCAUCGUGUGGAACUACUUUGAUCAGGCCGAGACGACGUUUGACGAGAUGGACGCUGCGCUCUCGUCACAGAACCUCGGCGAGCUCUCUACGCUCGGCCACUUUCUCAAGGGCUCCUCGGCGGCGGUGGGUGUGAUCAAGGUGCGCGACAGCUGCGAGCACAUGCAGCACUACGGCAAGUGCCACGGCGAAGACGGCAUGAGCGAGCUCACCAAGGACGAGGCGCUCAAGAAGCUCACCAUCACGCUGCGCGACGUCAAGGUGCAGUACAAGGAGGCCGCCAAGGCGCUCAAGGCAUUCUACGACGAAGAGGACGAGCAGCAAGACACACAAGACGACGCACCAGCACAACAAGAGCCAGCAUCCGCCGACGAACCAACACAGCAGAAAGUCGACCCAGUUACAGAAGAAAAGGCACAGUCCAAUCCAGCAGACCAGGCUGCCAAGCCGGCCAAGGCGCAAGAGUCAUCUUGA